GCUGGUACCCGCGUCAUACAUCCACUAUGACUUAAAGUACACCCUGAGGCUGUGUGCUGAACAUGGUUACCUCCAGGCCUGCGUUCUGGUCUAUAAGAUCAUGGAGCUGUAUGAGGAAGCUGUCGAUCUGGCCUUGCAAGUGGAUGUGGACCUGGCCAAGUCAUGUGCUGACCUGCCUGAGGAUGAUGAGGAGUUGAGGAAGAAGUUGUGGCUGAAGAUCGCUCGUCAUGUGGUGCAAGAGGAGAAGGAUGUGAAGAAGGCCAUGAACUGUCUGUCCAGCUGUAACCUGCUCAAGAUCGAAGACAUCCUGCCCUUCUUCCCGGACUUCGUCACCAUAGACCACUUCAAGGAGGCUAUCUGCAGCUCUUUAGAGGAGUACAACCAGCAUAUAGACGAGCUGAAGCAGGAGAUGGAGGAGGCGACGGAGAGCGCCAAGCGGAUCAGAGAGGACAUCCAGGAGAUGAGGAACAAGUACGGGGUGGUGGAGAACCAGGAGAAAUGUGCUGCCUGCGACUUCCCCCUCCUCAACAGACCCUUCUAUCUGUUCCUCUGUGGUCACAUGUUCCACUACGACUGCCUCUUCCUGGAGGUGACCCCUCACCUGUCCACCUACAAGCAGACUAAACUAGGUGAGCUGCAGAAGAAGUUGGCUGCAGCCACUCAGACCUCCAAGUCUCGCCACCGCCCCGCCCCCAAGGAGAAGGAGGAGGGGGCGACACCGCCAGCCUGGGAAAAGAGAGUGCUGGAGUCAGCCGUGAGCAAAUCAAGUCAGACAUCGAUGACAUCAUCGCGUUUGAAUGCGUGUACUGCGGCGAGUUGAUGAUCAAGUCGAUCGACAAGCCGUUUAUUGAUCCACAGAAGUUGGAGGAGGAGAAGUCCAGCUGGCUCUGAGUUAAAUGGUUGGCGGCUUGGAGCUGAAAUGAGCUAGGUCUGAAAUGGACUGCCUGAUAUGAGGUGGGACAAUUUGACUGAAAAAGGUCUGAAAUUAGUGAAAUGGGCUUUAACUGUCUGAACCGAUGAGAAGUGAAAUAGACUUGUGUGAAAUGACUGAAAUGCGCAGCGUGUGCUGUCUGAAAUGGAACCGACCAGUGUGUACACUGUAGGCCAGGAAAUCAGCUGUUAUUCUCUUUGAUAAUGGGAUGUACAGCCACAGCUGCACAGUGCCGGGCGAUGGAUACUCACAGGAGUGGGGAAGAAUGCAGGCGCUCCUAUAUAAGCCCUAUAAGUGUCUCUGUAACAUGAUAUAUUCUACAGACACUCUCUCUGCGAAGCUUAAAAAAACUGCACUAUGUCGGGAUCACACACCUUGGUUUAUUAAACAUUACAAGAUCAGUUCCCUAUCUUUUACACUCAUCUGUCUAAAUUAACAAAUUAACCUGUGAAAUGUUCUCUGAAAUUGAAUGCAUAUUUAUAAAUCUUCACUGGUAUUAGAUAGUUCCACUGGCUAUUGACAUGAAUAGUGCUAUAAAAAGGUAUGUAAAGAACUACAGUUUUUGUUAUUAGUGUCCUUUAUGACAUCAUGAGAACUUUCUUCACACCUGUUUCAUUGGCUGACAGUUUAUGUUGUGACAUCUGAGAUCAGGUCAAUGUAACCCACUUUUGGUUUGUAAAAUGCACCUAUGAAAAUUAAACUAAUCUUUAA